AAGGGUAUAACGCAUGGUGAUAACAGUGUCUGCGCUCAUGGCAACGAAAGUUAGGUACAGUUAAACUAACACAACUUUGGUAUCAAGAAUGUAUAAGUCAUCACAUUUAUGCGGUUUAUUUUAUAGGAAAUGGAAUGUAAUACUAGUUCUUCUGAUGUUCAUAUGGGUCUCUAGAGCAGAGGAAGAAUGCUUAUAUUCCACGAUUUUAUGCUACGAGUGUGACUCAAGGAUAGACACUCGUUGUAAAGACCCCUUCAAUUUCACAACACUCAAGCCUGAGCGAGACAACCCCCCUCUUCACGAGUGUAAUGGUUGCUGUGUCAAGAUAGUGACGAAAAAUAAAACUCCUCAAGAGAUUAUCCAGAGGACGUGCACAUCCAAGCUCAGCAUAAACCUAUUUCUCGUCGACCACGUGUGCAUGAGUGAAUCAGACUACACCGGUUUCAUGUGCUUUUGUGAAAGUGACAAAUGUAACUCGGCACCACCGCUGGCUAAAUUUCGUCAUAAUUUACUUUUCAUACUCUUAGUUUGUUACAAAAUGUUGCGAUAGAUACCCUUGCAGAACGUUAUAUCGAUGUUAUCUCCCUUACGAGUAUCUUUGUCCAUGAAGGUGGCCUGACAACAGACCAACAAAGUGGAUUUUUUUUCAAAAGUUGCGUGAUUUUUUCAGAUAUUCCAAGACUAGCUCAACGUAUACGUAAUAGGUCUAGUAGAACAAUUGAGGGCAACAGAAUCUUAACUUAUAAAUACUCACCUAUUUACACAGCUCCUCAAAAACUAGAUACUUCCUUGAUACUCAUGCUUUUUAAACGUCCAAUGUACUUUAAGCUACUUGUGAUAAUUACGAUUUUAUACAUUAUACGUAUUUGAGCUUAUAGAAUAUUUAUAGAGAAAAGGCUGUUGCCGUAUAAUACACAGAGUGGAAGCUGUCGUUCAAUGGUUACUGCGCAGACGCUAAUUGACCUAUUUUUUUGUGAAAUAGUAUUCGGCUUUUUUUUUGCUUUAGCAUAAAAUAUUUAUAAUUCUAAUGAACUUACUUCUUAAACAUUUGGCUUUACAGGUGUUAAGAUGGUAUUUUAUUACUACUAAUAAGCUUUAUGCUGUCUUUCCUGGUAUUAUAUACCAAAACAGCGAUGUUGAUCAAAUUCUUCUACCGUUUAUAUGUUUAUGUAUUGUUGAAUUUCUUCCUGUUUAUACCGAAGAAGACUAUGAACCAAUUUCCAACUAAAAGUUAUAUGUUACGCUUUACACAAAACCUACGUAGGUUAGCUUUACUGUGUUUAACAAAUGACUUGUAAAAACAAGAGGUUUGGUGCUUAAAAUGUCUUUGAUGACAAAAAAAUAAAUAAAAUA